ACACAAACUUAUUUAGUGUGUUACAUGACCCAGGGGCUUUCAUGAGAAAAUGACACAAAGAAGGGACAAAAGCUAAAUGUUUACAUAUGGGGUUGAACAAUUGUGGCUAUUGUGGCAAAGCAACUAAAAUAAAACAGGGAAGGCUCAAGGAAGAGUUAUUUUAAGGUCUCUGUGUGAAAAUUCUUCCAGACUCAAGUUCCUCUCUGAUGAGGUUUCUUUCCUCCUGGUGCUGGGAUUUCACCUUCUGUUUUCAGGAAGAAAAAAUGGGAAGCUGAGCACCUUUCUUGCACCUGUUGUUUACACAAAUGCCUGUAACUCGGGGUGCCUGGGUGGCUCAGUCAGUUAAGCGUCUGACUCUUGACUUUGGCUCAUGUCAUGGUCUCACAGUUUGUGGGCUUAAACUGACACUGUGGAGCCUGCUUGGAAUUCUCUCUCCCACUCUCUGCCCCUCCCUGACCUGUGCUCAAAUGCUUUCUCCCCGUCUCAAAAGAAAUAAAGUUAAAAAAAAUUAAAAAACAAAAAAACAAAAAAUGCCUUUAAGUCAAAAUAAUGUGCCAACAUGACGUAUUUGGAGAUAGCAUGUCCUGAACUCCGUCACUACCAUUAUCGACAUCAUUUCUCCAUUGUUGGAUUUUGAGCUCAGCAAGGCGGAACAGUAUGUUUUAAUUAAAUGUUGCAACUGCUAGAAGUUGAAACUGAUUUUAAGCUCCUUGAAAACAGCCAGUCCUUUAGUUGGUAUUUGCGCAUAAAGACUUGUCAAAUAUUGAAUAAAAGAAGUGAGUAGAAUGAGGUUUUUCUGCCCGGAAAUAAAGGACUUAAUUAGGAGGCCUCUUCGCUACCAGUAAUAGAGCAAUUAUUUUUUUGUGAAUGGUUUAAUUUUUUUUUUGUUUUAUUCUGCAAAUGUGUGAUGAGAAAUAGGUAUGAACUAGAAAGUUAAGAGAGUGUCAUGAGUGUUGUGGACCUACUAAUACUGAUAGAGUUUAUGGUGGCAAAGUGUGAAAUUUGGUAUGAGAAUUUAACCAAGGUUCUGCAGGACCUCUUACAGUCAUUUCACCCCUCCGGACCCUCAACCUCUGCAUCUGUGAAAUGGAAAGUAUGUUUUCCAGGAAGUCAAUAUACAAUGUCUAAAACCAAGGAGAAACAACAGUAUUAGAGUAUUAUUUAAAAAUACAGUUGGCUCUCGGAAUAAUACAAGGGUUAGGGGCACUGACACCCCCUGUCCCCUUAGGCAGUCAGAAAUCCACAUGUAACUUUUGACUCCGGGGAAGACUUACCUGUUGUUUUUUUUUUUUAACAAUUCUUUUUAAAAAAAAAUUUUUUUUAACGUUUAUUUAUUUUUGAGACAGAGAGAGACAGAGCAUGAACGGGGGAGGGUCAGAGAGAGGGAGACACAGACUCUGAAAUAGGCUCCAGGCUCUGAGCUGUCAGCACAGAGCCCGAUGUGGGGCUCAAAUUCACGGACUGGGAGAUCUCAACCUGAGCCGAAGUCGGACGCUUAACCCACUGAGCCACCGGGGUGCCCCAAGACUUAACUGUUAAUAGUCUACAGUUGAUGGGGGAAACCUGAUAACAGUCAGUUAACACAUUUUGUUUGUUCCAUUUUAUGUAUACUGUAGCCUUGUAAUAAACCUAGCGAAUACAAAAUGUUAAAUCAUUAGAGAAAAUAUUUAGAGUACUGAACUGCGUCCAUUGAAAAAAAUCCAAGCACAAGCAGACGCACGCAGUUCAAGUGUAUGUUGUUCGAGGGUCAACUGUAUUCACAGAAGUACAGGAAAUAAUUUAAGGAGUUGAAAAUAUUUGCCUCUGGAAAGCAGGGUUGAGGGGUAGGAAGGCCUGAGGCAGAAGACUGCUGUUUUUCAUUAUGAAUCUUUGAAAGUUGAAUCACUGAGCUGAGGUGUAACAAAAUCUGAGGUCUUGGGCACCAUUUGGCUACGGUGACUCCUUAGGGUGCAGGUGCGGGUUGGCCGAGGCAGCUCUGCUCCACCUGUGUUCAUUCUGAAACCCGGGCUGAAGGGGCAGCAGCAGCCCUGGAGGAAAGCUCUUCCUACGGCAGCGGAAAACUACUAGAGAGCACGCCUGAUCAGCAGGUCAGUGCUUUUCAGAACUUUCAUCGGGCCUCGUCUGUUAACAUUCUAUUAGCGAAAACAAGGGCAAACGCAAAGUCAACGGGCAGGGAGUAUCCCCCACUCAUGCAGGUGAAAGAGGAGAGAGUGAACAUUUCUAAAAGAUAAUCCAAUCUACCAAGUAAUACUUUAGUUGUGAAUGCUGUGUGUGAUGUACUCAUUGGAUAAACACGGAUACUGACCCAGGUCGAUUUCAGAUCUUGUUGGUGAUGCAGAUGUCUCAGGAGUGGUCAGUCAGGUUCAUUCCCUCUUUCCCUUUAACUAAAACCAUCUGCCUUUCCCUUUUUCUGUCCUACCUCGCACGGCAGCAGGCCACCGGCAUGGAUGUCUCCUUACUGUCUCCCCAUGCUAUGGGGACUGGAACCCAACAGCCUGUCUUCUCUUGGGUCUUCCUCCAACUACCUAAAAUCCCACCUUUUUGAAACACAUCUGACCACUUGCCUCUCUUUCCCCACCAUACUCAAAACUAAAAGCGGGUGGCUUUUGCCUGCUUCCUUGGCAAAUAGUCAAAGAUGAAGUCAUUCCAGAACUCCCAAAAUGUCUUUUUCAAGUGCCAAAAGAUUAAAGACAGUCAAAAAUUUUUGCACAACGCAGUGGUGCAUGAAGAAAUCUACUUACAAUUCUUAAAAUUAAACAAAAACCGUGCUCACCACCAUUGUAAGGAUCUCAUGAAAUCUAUUCAAGUGCUUUGUAAACGAACAAAGGAAUGGAAGUUUUUUCUUGAAAAUAAUGUUUUUAACACCUAAACUGAAAUGUCAAGAACCUGACAUACUUACAAGACUGAGCUCACCCAUUGCUGGUGAGAGUGCUAAGUGACUCACUCAACUUGCAUGGAGUUGCUCCAGUGUAUUUACACUUCUGAGAAUUUCCUCUCCAGUUUCACCUACACAAGUAGGACAUAUAAAUAAGGUGAUUCAGUGCAGUGCUGUCUGUACAAAAAACAGCUGGAAAUAACCUAAGUCUUAUCAGUAGGGCAUCGGUAAAUAAACUAUGGGACAUUCCACAAGGGCAUACUAUCUGGAAGAAAGAGAGGAAGUUCUUUUUGAUAAGGAAAGAUCUCCACCACAUUCGUUUAAUAAGCUGGUGGCAGUGUGAGGUGAAGGACACAACAAUAUGGAUAAUCUGCUACAUUUCCAUGAGAAAGAAGUAAAAAUGUAUUUGCUUAUGCUUGCAUAAGGAAACACUGGAAAGAUGCCCAGGAAACGAAUACAAGGUUACCGUAGGCAGCAGCAGGGAUGGAACCACAUGGGGACGACGCUGGGAGUCCAUCUGUUCAAUGUAACUUCGAUCAACUUGGUUUUUGAAAUGGGUUAAACCAUCAGCAUUCAGGGGCGCCUGGGCGGCUCUGUCGGUUAAGCAUUUGGCUUUUGGUUCUGGCUCUGGUCACGAUCCCAUGGUUUAGGAGUUCGAGGCCGGCAUCAGGCUCAGGCUCUGCCUGACAGUGCAGAGCCUCCUUGGGAUUCUCUCAAAAUAAAUAAAACUUUGGGAAAAGCGUCAGUAUUCAAUUCAUAUUUGUAAAAACGAAAUCUGAGAUUAUAACUUAAACAGAUGUCAUUAAAGGGACUGUCAGAUCACUGUGCUCAGCAGGGCUCCACACCCUGGGAUCUUUAGAAAAAAAGAACUUUCGAGAAACUAGCACACGUGAAAUUACCGCAUGCAAAUAAUGCUAAGAGUCGCCAGAGACCGAGGACCUGCAGCCCGCCCUGGGGCGACGAGGUCGGGAACAGGCGGGGGGGUGCGGGGGGAGGGGGACACGGGCAGGCCCUCCAAGAAAGGAAAGCCAAGCGCACAGAAGCGUGAAGGCACAACUCCACUCCAGGAAAACGCACGUUUAAAGCAAACCGCCACGGCUCCCGAAGGGGUCCCGCCGGGCGCCUCCGGCCCGUGGGGAAAAGCGAGUUAACUCCAGCGGCGCCGAGGGCAGGCCAGACCGCGCCACUCGGGGCGGGGGAGAUUCCGUGAGCACGCGUGAGCCCACGGGACUCUCCUCGCGUUGGGUGCUCCAACUGAAGACGUCCCCGAGACGCAGAGUCAGGGCGCGGAAACGGGAGCCGUACCCCGCAGCGGUCCAAGUCUUUCAAAAGUACAACACAAAAAUGGCUUCCAAAAGAGCUCUGGUCAUCCUGGCCAAAGGAGCAGAGGAGAUGGAGACAGUCAUUCCUGUAGAUGUCAUGAGGCGAGCCGGAAUUAAAGUCACCGUUGCGGGUCUGGCUGGGAAAGACCCGGUACAGUGUAGCCGAGAUGUUCUCAUUUGUCCGGAUGCCAGUCUGGAAGAUGCAAAAAAAGAGGGACCUUACGACGUAGUGGUUCUGCCGGGAGGUAACCUGGGUGCACAGAAUUUAUCCGAGUCUGCUGCUGUGAAAGAGAUACUGAAGGAACAAGAGAAAAGGAAGGGCCUUAUUGCCGCUAUCUGUGCAGGUCCUACGGCUCUCUUGGCUCAUGAAAUAGGCUUUGGAAGCAAAGUUACGACACACCCGCUUGCUAAAGACAAAAUGAUGAAUGGGAGUCAUUACAGCUACUCCGAGAACCGCGUGGAGAAGGACGGCCUGAUCCUCACGAGCCGCGGGCCUGGAACCAGCUUCGAGUUUGCUCUUGCGAUUGUUGAAGCACUGAGCGGGAAGGACGUGGCUGACCAAGUGAAGGCUCCGCUCGUGCUUAAGGAUUAGAGCGGAAACCUUCGAGAAGGAGUUAGAGAAACGGGCCGUCCGCAGUCAUUGUCCCCGUGUUCACUUUAAGCGAAAGGAGCCGUCACCGUGCGGAGGGUCGUGGUUACUGCCCCCAGCGGUGUGGGCCGGUGGCGGCAGCCGCACGGGCCUUCCCCGCCUGCCUCGUGUCCCCCCCCCCCCCACCCCGACGGUCCUGAACCUGGAUUGCACCAUAGAUGGCAUUUAGCGAGCUCCUGAUGGUUUUCAUUUAUCUCUGGUUUCCCCUUUUUGUUUGUGAAAUCAAGUUCAUGAUCAGCCUCACUUGCAGCUGUUAGCUGUUGAUACGGCUGCUGAGGUGAACGAAUAGUGAACACAUUUGUCGCAGAAGAAGGAAAGGCAUAAAAGCAAGGAUUUAAGAGGCUGUGAUGUUCUCUCAUUUGUUAAUUGCGUAUCAUUAACGUGCUAUUAAAAAACACCAACCAA